AAUUCCCGACGGAUUUUAGUAAUACCGCAUUCCGAUUUUAAAAAUUUCAACACUAAAGAAUGUCUGAAAAACCGCCAAUUCCCGCUGAAGCUAAAUCGACAGGUCCUCCGGCUAUGCCUCCUAAUCGACCUAGAAAAGCGCCUGAGCUACCUGCUUUCGAAAGACGAAAUUGGUUGAUCCAUUUGCAUUAUAUUAGACGAGAAUAUGAUCGUUGUAAAAUUCUAAUAAAAGAACAACUAGCUGAAUCUAGUGAUAUGUGUGAAUAUGCUUAUUAUGUUCAAGCCCUGAUAAAAAGGCAGGAAGGAUCUAUUCAAGAGGCAUUAGAACUGUUUCAAACGUGUGCUUUGUUAAAUUCGGGCAAUGCGAACAAUUUAAAACAAGUAGCUAGAUGUUUAUUCCUCCUUGCCAGACACAAGGCAGCAAUCGAUGUUUAUCACGAAGCAGCGAAGCUAAAUGAUAGUGACUGGGAAAUUUUACAUAACAUAGGAGUUUGUCAUAUGUACAUGCAGAAUUUUACUAAAGCUAAGGAAAGUUUAGAGCAGGCUCUAACAAUAAGAAAAAAUGACUUGAGUUAUAUAAUGCUAGCAAAAAUUUAUUUAAUGGAAAAAAAUGUUGAUAAAGCUCUUGAUGUUCUUAAUGAUGCCUUGAAAAUUAGUCCAGAAAAUAUUGAAAUUCUAACCACUCUAGGCCUACUUUAUUUGAGAGUUGGCGAUUAUCACAAGAGUUUCGAGCAUUUGGGAAAUUCCAUGACUUUUGAUUCGUCGAAUGUUAAAGCUAUUUUAGCUUCGGGUUCUAUGAUGCAGCAGCAUCAGGAUUUUGAUGUAGCUCUCUCCAAGUAUCGUAUCGCUUCUGAUAAGCACCCAGAAUCUCCUGCUUUGUGGAAUAAUAUUGGUAUGUGUUUUUUUGGGAAAAAGAAAUUUGUAGCCGCUAUUAGUUGUCUGAAAAGAGCAAGUUAUUUUGCACCGUUUGAAUGGAAGAUUCUCCAUAAUUUGGGACUGGUUCAUUUGACAAUGGAGCAGUAUGCCUCCGCUUUUCAUUUUCUUUCAGCUGCAAUCAAUUUUAAACCUAAAUAUGGACCAUUGUUUUCUCUUUUAGCAGUAGCUCUGUCAAAUUUAAACGAUAAUGACAACGCCAUAGAAGCUUACAAACAGGCGAUAAAGUACGAUUCUAACAACUUGUUCACUCAGUUGAAUUAUGCUAUUUUUCUGUAUAAAAUUGAUGAUAAAAGAGGAGCAGCCAACGCCUUUAAAGCUGCUGAGGCUUUACGCGAUUCCAUGGAUGCCUCAAAAAUAUCACGAGAUGUUCUAGAUACCUUUAAGACCUUUGGUGCAAUCUUACAAACCGGUCAGAGUUACAAAAAGAGUGAACCGCCUGUUCAAAAUCAGGAACCAGCUCGCCCGCAACACCCAAUAAGGCAAACAAUUCAGAGUCCUGCUCCAGAUUUGCCUACUCCUCCAAGUCAUCCUGUUGGUGAACAACCACCAAGUUAUGAUAUGGUUAUGAAACAAUCUGUAUUAGAUUCUAGAAAGGAUGUAAUGGAAAAGAGAGGUCGUCAGGGCGCUCUGCCCCCAAUAUAA